GUUGAUGGCGGAGUGACGUGAGAGCAGUGCGUCGUGCGUAGCUUUGUUGUUCACGUGAUCUCACUUGACAAGAAGUUUUGCAGACCUAUACCGAGUCCUGACCUGUCACCAUGUUUCACGGAAUCCCAGCGGCAGCAGGCAUAGGAGGAGCCCCAGCUAAUAAACCAGAAUUGUAUGAGGAGGUCAAAUUGUAUAAAAAUGCCAGGGAGCGUGAAAAGUAUGACAACAUGGCUGAGCUGUUUGCUGUAGUAAAGACACUUCAGGCCUUAGAGAAAGCUUACAUCAAGGACUGUGUGACCCCGAAUGAGUACACAGCUGCCUGCUCCAGACUGCUGGUUCAGUACAAGGCUGCUUUCAAGCAGGUGCAGGGGUCCGAUGUGGGCUCCAUUGAUGAUUUCUGCAGGAAGUACAGGCUGGACUGUCCACUGGCUAUGGAGAGGAUUAAAGAGGACAGGCCAAUCACCAUUAAAGAUGACAAGGGCAACCUGAACCGCUGCAUUGCAGAUAUCGUUUCGCUUUUUAUCACAGUGAUGGAUAAGCUGCGACUGGAGAUCCGAGCCAUGGACGAGAUCCAGCCAGACUUAAGGGAGCUGAUGGAAACCAUGAACAGAAUGAGUAACAUGCCCCCAGAUUCCGAGGCGAAGGAUAAAGUCAAUCUCUGGCUGACGACUCUCAGCGGGAUGUCAGCCUCCGAUGAACUGGACGACUCCCAGGUCCGUCAGAUGCUGUUUGACUUGGAGUCUGCGUACAACGCCUUUAGCCGUUUCCUGCAUUCCUCCUAAACUCCCACCUGCAUUCUCUGGGGUUCACACGGACACUUCCUUCUUGUGUUCUGAAGGAGGUGACAUUACCCUUGCAAUGCCUGUUCUUUACCUUGAAAGUGCUUGGGAUGAUUUUUAAUCUUGCGGUUUCAUAAUUGUUAUUGGGUUGAAGUGAUGUGUAAAGAAAGGUCUUGUAAACCUUAGGACUGAAGUACUAAGUAUCGGGGCACUGCAAGGGUUAAGCAGAGAUGUGCAAAAAAUGUAAAGUGCACCAUUGAAACUUGCUUUUAACAAAAUAGUGCAAUUAAAACAUGGUUU